GAGCAAGAAUGAACCAAACCCUAAUUAACGUUUGGUCUAAAAUGUGAAGCAAAGGAUUGUAUGAUGUUCUUCUCCAAAGAGAUGGUGAAUUUUGGUUUGACUCUCCCUUCCCCUCUUCCCAUUGAUGGGUAUGUUCUAAAGAGAAAGAAAAUGGGAAGAGUUGCCUUCCAUUUUCAGAAACCAUUAUGGAUGUUGAAGAAUGUGCUUAGAAAUUGGAUUCCCAAAUGGGAUUUUCCUCUCAGAAUCAUAUCAUUUUUAGUGACCCUUCUUGUCUGCUCUGCUGCUUACUUCAAUGUUGUUUCCCUCGAGAUCGGGAUAUGGGACGACAGCCGUGCUGUGACAAGGUCGGACUCAAACGAGGCCCAUGGACGGUGGAGGAAGACCAUAAGCUCAUGAACUUCAUUCUCAACAAUGGCAUCCAUUGCUGGAGAUUGGUGCCUAAACUUGCAGGUUUGCUAAGAUGUGGAAAGAGUUGCAGACUAAGAUGGAUCAAUUACCUGAGGCCUGAUCUCAAGAGAGGUGCUUUCACAGAAAUGGAAGAAAACCAAAUCAUUCACCUUCAUUCCCUUCUUGGUAACAGGUGGUCGAAAAUCGCAGCACAUUUCCCGGGUCGAACCGAUAAUGAAAUCAAGAACCAUUGGAACACUAGAAUCAAGAAGAGAUUGAAGCAACUUGGUUUGGAUCCAUUGACACACAAAAAACUCAAUGAGAAAACAGAUAGACUGAAAGAAAAGUUGUUUAUUGCAUCCAAUCCUUUAAGAAAACAAGAGGCAAUAAUACCAAAUUUUGAUUUUGAGCCAAAGGAAAUAAACCAAGUUGCAUCCCAUAUGAUAUCAUCAGAUGGUUCAAGUAAUCUGAUGUGCAAAGGCAUUGGAUAUGAAAUGUGGACGGGCGAAUUAGAAAGCAACAGCAACAUAUCGUUUUCUUUGGAGUAUUGUUCUUCAAUGAAUGAAUCUCUAUCAAUAAUCAAACAGAACUCCGUACAGUUUGAUAGUUUGUAUUCACUUCCUUCAUGGGAUGAUGGGGUUCCCAAGUUCAAUCCGCUUGAAAAGGAUGACAUUUACUCGCUCGGGAACGGCGGUGGCUACUACAUUGAUACUUUCUCUCAUUAAGCUUUCUUUCUAUAAAGCCUACAUAUGUUCCACAUUGUGAACUUGGGUCAUAUUUCAUCAGUUUUCUUAAUCACUGUAAUUACUUUUGUUUUUCUUUCAUUGUCAUGCUCAAUAA